GUUCGGCUUGGUAUAUGUUUUGGUAGUUAUGUUGAUAAAUGUUUAUUUAGAUUUAAAAAAGUCUUACAUUACAGUGGUAACGGAUCACGUUUUUGGAAUUUAAAAGUUGAUAAUAAGACAAUUUUGACAUAAUUUUAAUUCAAGAUGUAGAUUUGUUCACGGAUUAGGGUCUAAACUGGGUCUCCUCAGAACAAGAGUAUAUUUCUGUUGUAAUACAUGUGUUUAAGGUUUAAACAACUCUAGUUUUUAGUCACAUUACAAAUAUUGCACUGUCUACUCUGUUCUUUGAUCAUCUGAUUUUCUUUGAUCAUCUGAUUUUCUUUGAUCAUUCGUUAUUUUCCGUUUGUUUUGGUUCUUUCGUUAUCUCAAUGAAAGCUUGCUUUGUUUAACAUUUGUCAUCUAAUCUAAAAAAUAUCAGAGGUUGAAUUCAUUUGUAAUUCUUUUCUGGCUCUUCCAGAAUUGCAGGACAUUCUUCCUCAAAUCAUCAACUAGUUGGCUCCAGAUAACUUGGAGAAUUUGAAAAAGUUAGCAGACCACUGGCUGGUGGAAGUGGACGACGAUGUACCAGAGCUUGUAAUUUGAAGCUGCCGUGGAGGAGGAGGAGGAGGAGGGACGCACUCUCAGGCCUCUUAAGGAUUUUUGGACCACAUAUUAGCCGGAAAACUUGAUCUUGGGAAAAUAUUGCCACUACACACUCCACCUAGGAUAGAAUUUUGCCGGAAUACUUGAUAAUGGAAAAUUGAAUACAAACGCAAUUGAAAGAAAUGGCGGAAAGUAGUGCGUUCAGUAGUUGUGUGGAAGGGUUAAAACAUGUGAAAUCUGAUCAUGGAGAUCUGAUGACCAAGCCCUUCUUGGAUGUCUGCAAACUUAUUUUGCCAAUUUUAGAUAAAUUUGGCGCUGCGAUGAUAGUGGUAAAAGCUGACAUUGGUGGUAAUAUAUCGAGGCUGGAGUCAAAGUAUGAUUCAAAUCCAUCAAGAUUUAAUUACCUAUUCAACUUGGUGCAAGCUGAAGUUGAAACCUCAACUGCCAAGUCAUCUUCCAGUUGCACCAAUGGACUCCUCUGGCUCACCAGAGCGAUGGAUUUCAUAGUUGAGCUAUUCCGCAAUCUAGUUGAGCAUCAAGAUUGGUCGAUGUCACAAGUUUAUAACGACGCAUAUGCCAAAACCUUGAAGGAAUGGCAUGGUUGGCUUGCUUCUUCAAGUUUUGCGGUUGUUCUGAAGCUUGCGCCUGACCGAAAGAAAUUCAUGGAGGCUUUAGGCGCAGCCGGUGACACCAAUGGCGAUAUGCACAAGUUCUGCACGGAAUUCUCACCAAUCCUACGAAAGAUCCACAAGUUUCUUGCGAGUUGUGGAUUGGACAAUAUGAAAUCUUCAUGACGGUGUCCAAUCGUAGCUCCUCUAAGUUGUUGCUUACCUUCUGCUGCACAUCAAUGAACAAGAAACCACUUUGUGCUUCUCUAAAUCAAUAUUUGUUUUUCUUAAUUCUUUUGGACACUAGCAUUGUACUAAUAUUAUCAGGAGCUACUCAUUUUUUUUGUUUUUUCAAGAAAAAUCCUGUAAAAACUCAUGAAUCAAUCCAUGUUUACUUUUCUAACUUAUACCAAUAAGAUCACCAUUGCAAUUC